GGAGGGAAAGAGGGAAAGAGAGCAAGAGAGCGAGCUUCAGAGAGAAUGAGCGAGAGGGAGGACAAGGACAGGCAGGGAACCAGAACAGGCAUUAAAGAGGUAGAAGAAAAGAGGAGCAGCGUGUGGGAACAGCAGCCCAUCAGAAUAGGAGCUUUAAACAUAUAGGGAAGAGGGGUCAGUGUGUCUGGAGUGCGUCAUAGCCUGUGGGUCUCUCUGUGUGAUACGCCUCCACGGUUCUCCUGAGGCCGUGGCAGCCAUGGCGUCAGAGCCCAGCACCCAGUCCAGGGUGAUGUUCCAGGCGUCGGACAAAACAGAGGAGCCGGCGCACCGCAAGCUGGGGAAGCUGACAGUGAAAUACAACCGCAAGGACCUGCAGAGGAGGCUAGACAUUGAGGAGUGGAUCGACGGGCAGCUGCACCUGCUGUUUGACUGUGAGGAGGAAGAAAUUCCAGAGUUAGAAAUAGACAUAGACGAACUCCUUGAACUGCCUGAUGAAGGACAAAGAACUCGACUCGAGGAGUUACUGCAGGAAUGCGGAAAGCCAAAGGAGGAAUUUAUCAACGGGCUGCUCUACAGGAUAAAAGGUCUACGUAAAAUGUCAGGCCCCUUGAAGAAAUAAUUCUAGGUCAAAUUAAGAAUCAAGACAGCGUGGAGCCUCUUCUUCCCCACAGGUUAACCGUCUGAAUGCCUGUAAGCGUAAAUGACACAUCAGGGGGACUUUUCCUGAUUUCUUCCCCCCUUCCUGAGGCAGAAUGGAUUUUAUUCCCAAUUUAUGGACUCUUGCAAACUCCUUUAAAAUAUAUCAAUAAUGUAAAACAGAUAAACAUGACACAACUAUUACCCAGAUGGACUCUUUUUUGUGUAGGAGUUAAGAGUGUACAUUUUCAGUUUUUUUUUAUGUACAUAAGCAUUUUGUUCAGGUAACAGUGUUGUUGGAAUAAAAUGGGAACUUUUCAAAACAA